AUGGUCACAGGACAUCUGGACUCACCACCACCACCCCCACCCACUCUGGGGCCCUUCUCUCCACGUAACUUUGACGCACGAUCAUUAACCCUGAAGCUCCCAGAGGCAGUUGUCGGGGCUCUCUCGCCGCUGCCCUGGCGGCACUUCAUGGCUGGCCAGCUGCUUGUUCUGGAAUCAGAUCAACCGAUGAAGAGGAAAAUCUCUGAGAAGGGUCACGGGAGUCAAGAGGGUUCCCUCUUGGCAUCCCCAGAAGCUUCAACUCUGGAGGCGAUGGGUAGAAAGGAAGAGGAUGACUGCAGUUCCUGGAAGAAACAGACCACCAACAUCCGGAAAACUUUCAUCUUCAUGGAAGUGCUGGGAUCAGGAGCUUUCUCAGAAGUUUUCCUGGUGAAGCAAAGGGUAACUGGGAAGCUCUUUGCCCUGAAGUGCAUCAAAAAGUCACCUGCCUUCCGGGACAGCAGCCUGGAGAAUGAGAUCGCUGUGCUGAAAAAGAUCAAGCACGAGAACAUCGUGACCUUGGAGGACAUCUAUGAGAGCACCACUCACUACUACCUGGUCAUGCAGCUUGUUUCUGGUGGGGAGCUCUUUGACCGGAUUCUGGAACGGGGUGUCUACACAGAGAAGGAUGCCAGCCUGGUGAUCCAGCAGGUGUUGUCAGCUGUGAAAUACCUCCACGAGAACGGCAUCGUCCACAGAGACUUAAAGCCUGAAAACCUCCUGUACCUCACCCCCGAGGAGAAUUCUAAAAUCAUGAUCACAGACUUUGGUCUCUCCAAGAUGGAGCAGAGUGGCGUCAUGUCCACUGCCUGCGGGACCCCAGGCUACGUGGCUCCAGAAGUGCUGGCCCAGAAACCCUACAGCAAGGCUGUGGAUUGCUGGUCCAUCGGCGUCAUCACUUACAUAUUGCUGUGUGGGUAUCCCCCCUUCUAUGAAGAAACUGAGUCUAAGCUGUUUGAGAAGAUCAAGGAAGGCUACUAUGAGUUUGAAUCUCCAUUCUGGGAUGACAUUUCUGAGUCAGCCAAGGAUUUUAUUUGCCACUUGCUGGAGAAGGACCCGAAUGAGCGGUACACCUGCGAGAAGGCCUUGAGGCACCCCUGGAUUAACGGAAACACAGCCCUCCACCGGGACAUCUACCCAUCAGUCAGCCUCCAGAUCCAGAAGAACUUCGCCAAGAGCAAGUGGAGGCAAGCCUUCAACGCAGCGGCCGUGGUCCACCACAUGCGGAAGCUGCACAUGAACCUGCAUAGCCCAGGGGUCCGGCCAGAGGUAGAGAACAGGCCGCCCGUCCCUGCAGCCUCGAGACCCACCUCCCCGGAGAUCACCGUCACUGAGACACCCGCUGCCCCGGGCCCGAGCGCGGCGGCCCCCGUGCCGCCCCGGCUGCCCUGCCGGCACGGCCCCCAGCCCGCGGCCCCCGGGGGCAGGUCCCUCAACUGCCUGAUCAAUGGCUCCCUCCGCAUCAGCAGCAGCUUGGUGCCCAUGCAGCAGGGGCCCCUGGCCGUCGGGCCCUGCGGCUGCUGCUCCAGCUGCACGAACGUUGGGGCCAAAGCAAACACCUCCUACUGCUCGGAGCCCACACUGCUCAAAAAGGCCAACAAAAAACAGAACUUCAAAUCGGAAGUCAUGGUACCAGUGAAAGCCGGUGGCAACUCCCACUGCCGGGUGGGGCAGACUGGAGUUUGUCUCAUCAUGUGA